UUAACGUCCACUCGACACAAACUAGGUCAUAUCGGGACUUACACAUGGUUCAAUUUUAUUUUAAUAAUUUGCUUGCGAGUAGGGUCUUUAGCAGUGGAGCUAGAGGAGUAGGAAAUUCGGACAACCUGGAAAAAACCCACGAGGUUGGACAGGCGACGUACCCUAGCUACUCCUUGUCAGGUAAAAUAAUGGCAGAGAGUAGUGAAUCAGCUACUGUAGAUAUUAAUCCAAGUUUACGGAUGAAAAUAACAUUAAAAGGAAUAUCAGCUAAAUUUAACGAUGUGCAUCAUAUAUCAACAACAACACUAGCUACCUGGUUAAAAACACCUGAUCACACUAUCAUUUUAUUGGAUAGCCGACCAGAAGAAGAAUUUAUCGUUAGUCAUUUACCAAAGGCUGUCCGUGUUGAUCACGACACAAACAACAUAGACGAUAUUAUCAAGUCUUUACCUCAAUUGAAUAAAACAGAAGAGAAAACUAGAAUAAUCUGUUAUUGUUCUAUAGGAUAUCGAUCAAGUCUACUGGCUCAAAAACUUCAACAAUAUUAUAAAAAUACACAAACUGAAACAAAACCAGAUAUUUACAACUUAGAAGGAUCGAUAUUUAAAUGGGCCAAUGAAAACCGAGCUAUGGUAGACAGUGUUGACCAGCCUACUAUAUAUGCUCAUCCAUAUAACAGUUUGUGGGGGAAAUUAUUAAACAAAGAACUUAGAAAACUCAACUGAUAUCAAGGCUGCUGAUCAUUGUUAGGUGGGUUGGAUGGCUGAAUGGUUAGCAUGUGCGCGCUGUAACAUAAGGUCUGUCAUUGUGUCAACUGGCGUGGUUUCGAAUCCCCGGUUGUAUGUGACAAGGAGUAGUGUCGCCUGUCAAACCUCAUAGGAUUUCUCCGGGUCCUCCGGUUUCCUCCCACUACUAAAGACCCCUACGCGCAAGUGAAUUAUUGAAAUAAAAAUGAACCAUAUGUUAGUUCUGAAAUGACCUACUUUGUGUUGCGUGGACGUUAAACCCCAUUUCUCUCUCUCUACUCAAGGGUAUCCCCACUGAAACCCAUGAUGUUAGGCAGGCAUCACUUCUCAUUUUUCAAACCUAUGACAUUAUGCUUACUCAAAGACAUCUCCACUGAAACCUAUGUCAUAUAUAGAUAGGCAACUUUAUUAGUGAUAUUAAAGUUUCCCUUUCAAAUAAGCUGUGUAGUGUGGGCGUAUUCCACACUUUGUGUGGCUAUCUUCUUUGUCAUAGAAAUUUUUUUUAUACAUUUUUACACUUUGAAUGAUUAUUUUUUGUUGUGGAAUAUGGAAUAAAUUUGUUACUUUUUUA